AUGCGGUCAGGCGUGCAACAUCAAGAAACUUUAAUUGAGAUAGACGGUUUGCAGAAGAAUUCUCCGGGAAAGAACUUAACUUCAUCUGACAAAGUUCCUAGUCCUGAAUGGAGCGAGUUUCUUUCGACUCACGCUAAUGGACUCAGUCUAUUGAUUUUUGACGUGAACACCAGCAUCCAGCGGCAGGUAGCUUCUAGCACAAGCCUACCACCGAAUAUAACUAGAACUCGCGAUUCCAUUGCUUGCAGCCUUCCUGCUUACAACGAGGCUUUACUACUCCUUUUUCCCUACAACCUAGGGGAGCUCGUUCAAUCUAGAGUUUGGAAAUCUGAAGUAGAAGCUGACACUUCGAAGAGAUUUAUGGGACCUGAGUAUCUUCUUCCGAACAUUCGGCAACAUAUCGACAAGAAUACUCUGCGUCAGCCAUGGGAGCCCGUGGAACUUCCCCAAAUCACUGACCCCAAUGAUGUCUUGACACCAGAUAUGACCAACACACAUGAGCGCUCCUCAUCACUGAAUUUUAAACGACCGCAACUUGUACUACCCAUGGCCACCAACUAUGGAGACGUCGUGUCAUCCACCGGCCUACGACCAAGAGUUACAUUCGAUGGCCAACUCAAUGCAAGCUUCCCCAAUACAGAACUGCUACCCCAAUCUCAAGGUUGGCUUGACCCAGUGGCAUCAAAUUGUUCCUUGUCUAGUCAAUGUCAAAAUAAUUAA